AUGUCUGAUCCUACUGCCAUCGCUGAACAAUUCACUCAAUUCUACUAUCAGCAAUUCGAUUCUGAUAGAAAAGGACUUGCUUCUCUUUAUCGAGACACUUCGAUGAUGACAUGGGAAUCUACCCAAAUUCAAGGUUCUCCAGCUAUCACCGAAAAGCUUGUAAACCUCCCUUUCGAAAAAGUACAACAUAAAAUCGUCACCAUCGAUGCUCAACCUUCAUCUCCCUCAACAGCUUCUUUGAUCGUACUCGUCACAGGUCAAUUACUGGUUGAUGAUGGAACAAACCCUUUACAAUUCACUCAGGUCUUCCAUUUAAUGCCGGAGGGAGGUAGUUACUUUGUCUUUAACGACGUUUUCAGACUGUAA